GAGUGUAAUAAUAGAUAUUAUUCAUGACGUCGUAUGAGACCGUUGCACCUCCGGCCCAGACGUAUAAGUGGGAGCAACACCUUGUUUUUCUUCCUUGCAAGUAGCACACUUAACAGCGACUAUCGCCUUCUGCUUCACUCCGUGUACGGAAGAAUUGGCAUCCAAUCAUUAUGCGCCAUGUCCACGAGGGACCCAACAUUGGUUAUCGCAGGAGCAGAGCGUAGAGUAAGACACCAAUUGAUAUGUUCACCGACCAAGCCAUUGAAGCUCUGGCCGAGCCCGAAGUGGUAUCGAAUGGGCUUCCGCCACCGCGGCCAUCAUCCGUGGUCGAGCUCGAGGUCGUCGUGGUGACUGCAGCGGUCGAAGGCGAUGUAGAUGAUGUGGUGUCAGUUGCUGCCGUGGUGGACGUCACAGCUGAGGAGGUGCUUGAUUCAACGGACGUCGUGGAGGCAGUCGGCGCUGUGAUCGUCAGGCUGGUGGUGGUGCCAUCUCCUGAGGUAGAAGAACUGGUCGAGCUGGUUGAUCUGGUGGUUGUGGUCGUCGACGUGGUCGAGCCUGGUAUGGUGGUAAACGACCCUAUGCUCUGUGAGGAGGUCGAGGCUUCCGACGUGGUGGUUGUAGCGGUGGUCUUGGUCGUCGAUGUUUGCUGAGCGGAUGAGGAGGUUGUACUUGUCGUCUGCGCCACUGUGACCUGGUUCAAUAGGCACGCAUGUAUGAUGAGGGUCCCUGAUUGGGCGAAUGACAAU